AAAGGAGCUCUGGAGGGGAAUUCGGCUUCAUCGCAUCUCUUCUUGAGUUAAACUAAGUGAGGUCUCGGGGCUCCCCCCCUUUCCAUGCCGAGACAUGGCUGCUGCCUCCGUGGCCUCGAGGAUCGACGAGCCCCUGGAGGUGGGCGGAUGCCUCCUCAUGAAGGUGGAUCAGGAACCCCAGUGGGCCCGGGAACCCCUGCUGGAACGCUCCGAGAGCUGCGAGGCCGAGACCUUUCGCAAAUGCUUCCGACAGUUCAGUUACGAGGAGGUGACCGGCCCGCACGAAGCCUUCAGUAAACUCUGGGAACUUUGCUGCCGGUGGCUGAAGCCCGAAACUCGAUCCAAGGAGCAGAUCCUCGAGCUGCUGGUGAUCGAACAGUUUCUCACCAUAUUACCCAAGAAGAUCCAGGCCUGGGCGCAGAGGCAGUGUCCUGAAAGCGGAGAGGAGGCCGUGGCCCUUGUGAUCUGUUUGGAGAAGGAGACGGGGAGACGAAGACAGCAGAUGAGAGUUAACAGUCCUGUGCACUCAGAGAAACAAGCCCCACUUGGAGCAGCCUGGGAGGUGGUAGAACUUCUUCCAGAGCAAGUAGAAACCCAAUCCAGAGUGGUGUCUCUGGAGGAAGCCGAAAACCUCCACUCCGAACACCAGGAGCAACUGAACCGAAAGAGAGAACAUCAGCGCCUACCCAAGAAUGCUCAGCCUUCUUCCUGGCUUCCUGCUCCAGCUGAUGAAUGGAGCAUCAUAGAUCAAGAAGUAACAACUACAUGUCUUCCUGUUGGAUCCCAGGAACCUAUGAAAGAUGUUCAUAUGGCAAGAACUUUUUCUUACAAGAAGAGUGUGCAUCAGCUUCCUCCUCACAGAGACUUGUGCCAUGAGAUUAGGAAGGAGAAUAUUGAGAAUAUAGUUUCCCAGGGAAGUACGGUGUCUUCACCUAAUAAGAUAUCCCGGACAGAGCAAAGAAAGGAGCCAUGGACCAUAGAUCUACAUUCUUCUAAUCAAAGAAAUAUCCUUCAAAGUGAUUAUAUAAAUGAAAAGUCAGUUCAUGCUAUUCAGAUCCCUGCAAGGAAUGCUGGGAAAACAUGGCGAGAGCCACAACAGUGGGGUUUAGAAGAUGAAAAAAUAGCAGGAGUGCAUUGGAGCUAUGAGGAAACUAAAACAUUUCUUGCAAUUCUCAAAGAGUCACGCUUUUAUGAAACACUUCAAGCUUGUCCCCGGAAUAGCCAGGUAUAUGGUGCUGUAGCUGAAUGGUUGCGAGACUGCGGCUUUCUCCGAACACCAGAGCAGUGUCGGACCAAGUUCAAAAGUCUACAGAAAAGUUAUCGAAAAGUGAGAAAUGGCCACUUGCUGGAACCUUGUGCCUUCUUUGAGGACAUGGACGCUUUGUUGAACCCUGCAGCACAUGCUUCAUCCUCUGAUAAAUCAAAGGAUAUUUUAUCUCUCCCUAGACUGAAGAGAAUUGGUAUCAGUGCUAAAGAACAGGUCAGUUUGGUGGAAGAGGAAGAAGCUGCAGAAGAGUCUGAUAGUGAUGAGAUAGGCCUUGAAUUUAUCAGGAAGUCUGAGAUGCGUGGUCCCCCGGUCUUAUUUCAGAAUCUGAGUGGUGUGCACUGGGGCUAUGAGGAAACCAAGACUUUUCUUGAUAUUCUGCGUGAGACUCAUUUUUAUGAAGCGCUCCAAGCCUGUCAUCGGAAGAGCAAAUUAUACGGGGCCGUGGCUGAACAACUGCGAGAAUGUGGCUACCUCCGAACACCAGAACAGUGCCGGACAAAGUUCAAAAGCCUUCAGAAGAGUUACCGCAAAGUGAAAAAUGGUCACGUACUAGAAUCCUGUGCAUUCUACAAGGAGAUGGAUGCCCUAAUUAACUCUCGGACAUCUAUCCCUUCUACCAACAUGCCAGAAGAAGUCCCAUCACCCUCAAGUCAAGAAAGAGAAGAAAUUGAGAUUGAAUCCCAGGAAUCCACAGGCUGGGAACUGGAGGAAACUUCACAGGAGGCAAUAGUAGAAGAUUCUGGCAGUGAGAGAAUGAGUGAGGAAGAAAUUAUCCAAGAAUCAGAAUUCCAGGAGACUGUAAGUCUGCUGCAAAGUCCAAGUGAUUCUGAAGUUGAAAGUAGUAUCAAGCAAGAUGCAACACAGGUAAUAUAUAAGGAAAUGGAAUCACAUAGGACAUUCAUUGAAAAGUCUAGAAGGGCUGUUUUCCAGAGUACUGUUCCAGGUAAAUAUAAAAGGGGAUGCAUCUCAGGAAGACAAUGGGAAAAUCUUCAAGGAAUCAGACAGGGAAAAUUAAUGCCUCAGCCUAGAGACUUAGGGAAACCUAUAGUGCAUCAAAGGCCUUUCAUGGGGAAGAGACCUUACAGACUUCUCAAAUAUGGAGAUAACUUUGUAAGGAGUGCUCGUCUUAUGUGUCGGAUUACCCACCAAAAGGAAAACCCUUAUAAGUGUAGUGUCUGUGGGAAAUGUUUUGGUAGAAGCAGGAGCUUAAUCAGACACCAAAGAAUCCACACGGGAGAAAAACCUUUCAAAUGUCUGGACUGUGGGAAGAGCUUCAAUGACUCUUCAAACUUUGGUGCCCACCAGAGAAUACAUACAGGAGAGAAACCCUACAGAUGUGGAGAAUGUGGAAAAAGUUUUAGUCAGAGUUCAAGUCUUAUUAUACAUCAGAGAAUCCACACUGGAGAGAAACCUUAUCAUUGUGGAGAAUGUGGGAAAAGCUUUACCAAUAGUUCUCAUUUCAGUGCCCACCGGAGGGUCCACACUGGUGAGAACCCCUACAAAUGUGUUGAUUGUGAAAAAAGUUUCAAUAAUUGCACACGAUUUCGAGAACAUCAGAGAAUGCAUACUGGAGAGAAACCUCAUGGAUGUGUCCAGUGUGGCAAACGUUUCAGUAAGAGUUCUGUUCUUGCCAAACAUCAGGAAGUUCAUAUGAGAGAUAGGUUCCUGCCUCACCCUCUACCCAUGUAUUCCCCAGAAAACUUGCAUAAGGGUAAAACUGAUGAAUUUAGGAAAACUUUUUGAUAUGAUCACUUCUCUUCCUAAGCAUCCCUAUAGCCAUUUCACCCCAAUCUCACUCUUGGAAGCAAUCUUAGUUAACUUGAGAAUUUAAUUACACUAAAGACUUGGAUGCUAUUCUCACCUCUGCCUCUAACUUGAUCAGUCUGUUCCUCUCCUAUGUGUAUCAACUUAUCCUGGAAGAGAGUGAAGAAGCUAUAGAGUCUGUAUUCAGAAUGAAACUCUUCGUGUUAUUGGAUUGCUAAGUCCAACAGCAUUCAAGAUCCUUCAGUGUAGGUCAGACUCCUUUUCAAGUACAUAAACAAUUCUAAA